AUGAGUUUCACAGGAUCUUUGGUGCUAAGCGGCAUCGGCGGCUUAGUGUUUAAAUAUGGCGGACAACAGUCUGAGAAGGAGAAGGAUGUUCCAACAGGUUUUCGGGAUUUGACUCUGGGGUUUAUAGAGGCAAAGGGCAAACUCAUAAGAGAGCGCUCCGAGGCGGUGACGAUUAACUUCUGGAGAGAGCUGGUACAAACAGGUGCCUACCAAUACCCAAUAAGAGGUAUAUCUGAACUGUUCAGUAGUGGUAUUUAUUUCUUCAGCUCCGCAAGAUGUUUUGGGUUUUAUCUGGUGCUAUACCUCACAACAGCAUUGCUGUAUUUCCUGACUAUACUGCCAAUGUACCUAGCAUGCUUUGCGUUCUUGGGACCGUUAGGGUUGGCAGUUGCCUACGUCCAGUUCCUUUUGCAGUCCAAUAUGCUAGCAAUGAUGGUGAUGAGAACUACGCAGUUGAACAACCCGCUGUUCGACGAAUGCCUCAUAAAAAAUGGCAAGGAGGCUUUUGUCAAGACGGCGCUACAGAAGCCUACGCUUCCUGUUAGAUUUUACGUGCCUUUCAACACCUACUACUUCUGGCUCAACUACCUCCCUUGGAGAAUCGCAGUUUAUACGCUCGGGUUUCUAAGUAUAGUGGCACUGCUCUCCAUUUCCUUCAUCCCUAUUGCGGGACCAAUUAUAUUCAACGCCCUUAUUUCCCCUUUCAUCGCGCGUAUUUACUUUUCCCGCUUCUUGCGUCUAAAGAAGCUUGACAACAAGCAAAGAAACGACGAGUUUUACCUUAAUUUCGGGACUUACGUGUCUUUUGGAUUCGUGGCAGGACAACUGGAAGUCUUGCCUUUCGUUUCAGGAUUCACAUAUUCCUCGAACAUGGUUGGUAGUGGCUUAUUUGCAAUCAAAACCCUAGAUUCUGAAUCCCUGGUCCCUGUGACCCUUGAAUCACACCUUGAAAACGCCAGGACCUUUUCUUGA